CCUGCGACAGCGAUGUCGGUGUUGCGGCCGCUGGACAAGCUGCCCAGCCUGAACACGGCCACCGUCUUGCUGGUGAGCUCGGAGGACAUGCUUCUGCAACAGCUGGCUAAAGCGAUGCUCAAGGAAGAUUGCUCCUCCAAGCUGAAGAUCCACUUGGCAAACAGCCUCCCACUGCCCUCUGAUGGGCCCCGGUUCGACCUGAUUGUGUUUUUGAUCAACCUUCACAGCAAGUACAGCCUGCAAAUCGUGGAGGAGUCCCUGCAGCAUUUGGAUGCCACUUUCUUCCUGGGCAAGGUUCUCUUCCUGGCCACCGGGGCCGGCAGGGAGAGCCAGUGUAGCACACACCGGAACACGGUAGAGAGGCUGGCGCACACCUACCGGAGCCCCCUGCUCUUCUGUGAUCUCGAGAGAGAAGCCUUCCAAGCCACCUUGGCCCCGCGCCUGGUCCACCUGCUGCAGAUCUGUGCUGGCCACGUGCCUGGCGUCUCGGCGAUGGACCUGCUGACCCUGCUUAGGUGUCCCGAAAACCCCAUUCCCGAGGAGCCGUGAAGAGCCUAGUGACCCCCCCCACCCACACACACCCAUGGUCCCAUGUCGCCAUCUGGCAAGAUGGCCUCCCCCUCGGACUAACUUUGAACAAGAACUUCGGUGCUCGAAAGCCUGGGCCUCCCUGGUCUGGCCCCCCUGAGGACUCUGCGAUGAAUAAAGUGACUCGAAACCAUGGGGUACAGGGCUGGACUUCAGAGCCCAUCUGGAGCCUGUGACAACUCCUGGAACCUCA